CAGUUCUUGGUGUUGAGAAAGCUUGCAGCUGGCCACAGUUGACAAGCUUUCUGUCACGAAAGGGCUAUGAGGUGAAGGUAACCCCAGUGUACCGCUGCAGUGACUACGCCCGGGAACUUGGGGUCAAUAUAACCAGAGACUUUUAUGAUAUGUCUCUCAAGGAUGAUGAGGACUUACUUCUUGGCAAGCAAAUAUUUCAUGUCAGAGAUUUAACAACAGCUGAGUUUGACGAGAAGAUGACACAGAUGUUUGAGAGAGACGUGGGCGUUCUGAAAGCAGGUCAACGGGCGGCAUGUUUCAGGACUCUAGCAAGCCUUCCAGUUGAGUUGAUGCACUUCGCGCCAGUUGGCCCUCAGAAAAUGGAGGCGAUAGCAGAAACCUUGCAUGCACCCGAUACCUUUGACCUUGAAAUCAUUCGAAUCCAGAACCUUGCUCCGUACAGGGGAGGGUGUCAGUGAAAAGAUGUAGUUUCCUUUGUGGCCCUACAGUAAGGGAUUAUAUAUAACAGUCCACUAAUAGUUUCAGACCUUGAAACCAGAUA